CACUAAAUUUGGACCGAUGAUUGCCCUUCACCAUAAAAAUGGAUUAAACAUCAAUCCCACAUAUGACAAUGAUGUGAGAUGUGCUGAGAUGGUCGGUCAAAUAGCGGAAGGCAUCAAAGACACUCUCGCUGCCCAGCUACAAGCGGCCCGUUACCUCGCAGUCCUGAUAGAUGGCGAUACGGACAUAUCAAACACGGAGUGUGAGAUUGUGUAUGUGCGCUUCGUGGAGGAUGGCAGACCGGUGACCCGCCUCGUCGGCCAACAGGCUCUCUUACACGCUCAUGCGCAAGGUGUCCUGGCUGGAACCAAUGCAGCAUUUGAUGCUCUUGGACGUGGUACAUGCGACUGGAAGGCCAAGUGUGUCGCAUUUGGUGCAGAUGGUGCUAAAGUCAACAUGGGUGUGCAUAGGGGAGUGAGUGCUCUACUCAAACAGGCAGCCGGACAGCAUGUAAUUCCCAUUCAUUGCAUGCCUCACAGGUUGGAGUUGGCCAUUCUCAACCUGCAGCGCAAUGAGACAAUGGUGGCCAAAGUCUAUGACCUUCUCCAUCUUGUGUGGAAGACGUACCACCAGAGCCCUAAAUCCAGGCGUGAGCUGAACCUGAUUGGAAAAGAGCUAGGUGUGAGGGUCUGCUCUCCUUCGAGCGUGAAAGGGACGAGGUGGAUUCCCCAUGUACACCGGGCACUGAGUGUGUUCCUUCGUGCAGCAAAAGAAGGGAGUCUGUCAACUGACAGUGGUCAGUAUUCGGCUGUUUUGCGCCACAUGGACCACCUUGCCUCCUCAGCAGCCAGUGCUGAAAUUCAAGGGCGUGCAAAGAAGGGUGUACCACUCUCGGGAGAUGUCACAGGAAUGCAGCAGAGGCUACAGAGAAACAUCACCUCUGUCAUCACCACCACUGUGGAAGCCAUUAACACCAGAUUCGGCAGUCUCAUUAAUGAGGACUCCGAAGACUACUCUGCAGUGAAUUGCAUGAAAAUCUUUCAUCACGACACCUGGCCUGAGAAUACCAAUGAACUGGUUGAUUAUGGAAACGAUCAGUUGGAGGCCCUAAUGGAGCAUUUUCGUCAUGUCCUUACAAGCUCUGGAUGCCAGAUGGAUGCUUUGCCAGGGGAAUGGCAGAGUUUGAAGACCCUUGUCAGCUACACGUUUAAGGACAAGUCCUACAGCAGCUUAUGGCAAACAGUUUCAACCAAAGAGCCAUACAGAACUGACUACAAGAACAUCCUACACCUUGUGGACAUACUGUUGGUCCUCCCAAUUUCUUCUGCACAGUGUGAGCGGGGCUUCUCUGCGCAGAAACGCCUCAAAAGCUCUUUGAGGAGCUGCUUGCAUGUCUCCACCACAGAGGAUCUUAUCAGGAUCACUACAGAGGGCCCCUCACUUGAAUUAUUUGAUCCCACUAAAUGUGCCGAAAACUGGCUGUCAGCUGGAAAAAGGUCACGUCGACCCAACUACAAGUCAUGGCCAAGUGAUUCCGAGUCCGACAUGAUUUUUGUGUAGCCUAAAUGUGAUCUUUUCUAUUUAUCUUUUUAGUAAAUUGGUGCUGUUUUGUGUAGCCUAAAUGUAAUCUUGUCUAUUUGUAUUAAUUUAGUUUUAGUAAGUUGGUGCUGUUGGUGCGGUUGGUGUGUGC